AUUUUUAAUUUCAAAAGGUGAUUGUUCCGAAGCAUGGACCACUUAAGUCUUAACCUGCCUCAGAGAAGCACGAUAAGGAUACAUUCUCUGUAGCAUUGUAGUAUACUUGAACGAAGAAAGUGCAGUAGGUUCUAGGUAGUGUGAGUGAAAAAAUGGGGAUGGAGAGUGUUUUACCCUUCAUGGGGAUGGUGAUUGUGCAGGUUGCUAUGGUAGGACAAUUGGUAACCGGACAAGAGGCCAUGCUCGAUGGAAUGACAAAUUUCACCUUUAUUUUCUACUUCAAUGCUCUUUCCUUCCUCAUUCUUGCAUUUUCUUUGUUUUUCUUCCGAAACUCUAGCAAUCUUCCUGCCCUCACUUAUGCAGUAGUCUGGAGAUGCCUCUUGUUUGGAUUUUUCGGUUUUAUGACGCAGAUAACUGGGUAUACAGGAAUUCAGUAUGCCUCCCCUACACUUGCCACUUCAAUGCUUAAUCUCAUCCCUGGUUUUACCUUCAUCUUCGCCAUUAUUUUCAGGCUGGAGAAAGCAGAGGUAAGGAGCUCGGGUGCACGGGCUAAAAUUAUUGGAACUCUGGUUUCAGUUGUUGGAGCUUUCAUCGUAACUUUGUACCAAGGACCCCGAAUCCUAAAAGGAACUUCAUCCGCAAACUCAACUCAGAAUUUGACUCAAUCACAAGAUUGGGUCAUAGGAGGGUUGCUCCUAGCUUUGACCUCUGUAUUUGCUUCUUUAUUUAUCACCACACAGGCACUGAUCCUUCAGAAACAUAUAUCAAAGCUGGUUGUAUCACUAUUUUACAGCUCAACUAUCGCCAUUCUAUCUGCCGUGCUAUCCUUGAUAUUAGAGAGAGACCUGAGUCCUUGGAGCUUAAGCUCCAAUGUGAGGAUCAUGGCUGUUGUUUACUCGGGACUAUUUGGUGCUAGUUUCCAAGUGACUGUUAGUUCAUGGUGCAUGCAAAGGACAGGACCGCUAUUUGUGGUGAUGUUUCAUCCCUUGGGGAUUAUCAUUUCAUCCAUCAUUGGUAUAACCUUCAUGGGUGAUGCUUUCUAUCUGGGAAGUUUGGUAGGAUCAAUUGUUAUCAUUGUUGGGGUCUAUACGGUUAUAUGGGGAAUUUCUAAGGAAAGGAAGUUUACUCAAGCAAACAGCAUCAGUUCGCCUCUUAUGCUAGACAAUCCCAAGGAUACAACGCUACCAGCGCCUUGAAGAUGCAGCCUCACUUUUCAAAUAUCAAAGUUCUAAAUCAAUAUUAGAAUCCGAAUCUCAAGUCUGUUUGAUAUCACUGCAUUGAGUUUCAAGUAAUUUGGUAUAAAGAGGCUUGUUCAUGAUAGUCGACAGGAUCCCUGACACGAAUUUGAAAAUAAAUCUAUACACUUUUUUUUGCCGAGAAAGAGAUGAAUAUCAUUACUUCAAAUCGUUCAAUAAUA